AUGGAGACUUUGUCCCUGGAGCAUCAGAUCCAAAGCGUGCAAAGACACAUCGCCUUCCUCAAAAAGGAGCAGAUGAAACUUCUCCACGAUUUGCAUCUGGAGAUCCUACGCUUGCAAAAAUACUGCACAGAAUUGACUCAUGAUCUGGAAGUGAAAGAGUUGGAAGCCAAACAGCAAGACGUAAUAGACCAGGAACUGGAAGAAAAGUGCAAAAUCAUGGAAGCCCAAUUGAAAGAGAAAGAGAAGGGCAAUUUGGAAUUGCACAAGGAGCUGAGGCAUAAAGAGAGCUUGGUGGCCGCCCUCCGAUCCAACCUGAGGAACAAAGAAAGGAAGUUCUUGGAAGAGCUCAAGAGGAGAAGCCACCGAGUAACCGUCCUUAACACGGAGCUGCAGAAACAGACAGAGGCGGCCGCUUACCUCUCCUUCCAGCUUCAUUCAACCAAACAGAAACUUCACGGUACCCGGCAGAAAAGCACGGCCCUGCCUGAGAGACCCCCAGAGAAACCCUCCGUCCCCCAACCCAGCACUGAGACUAGGCCCAAAAAGAGGACUCAGAAAUCUCACACCCGUCGGCAGGCCAGCAGCGCUUUCCAUUGCAAAGGGGCCUUCAAGGACAUUGUGGCUCGCGAGCGGCUCAGCAGUUUGGAAGACCUCGAACCCAUGCCCGACCCGGCUCUUUUUUUGUACACCACACGACCCCGGCCUCCAUCUCGCCGUCAGAAGACAGAGCACAGCAUGUCGGAUUUAUCCUCCAAGGAAGGCCCCGAGCAAGGCAACCGGAAGGGCAGUUGGAAAAAGCCUUUUCAGCAGCUCGCCGAAGAAUCCGCGGGAGCUGCGAGUAACGUCAGGACAUUGGGUCCCCGUCGGCUGCCAUCUUCCAAAGGGGAACCGCAGAAGCAAAAGAGCACCAGCGCUCACCCCGCCAAAGACUGA